AUGGUUACACUAGCACCUGAUAAUCAACCAUGGAAGGCUGAGGAGAAGCAAGUUGUGUUGUAUGCAAAUCGAGAGUGCACUUGCGAAAGGUGGCAGACUUUCAGAUUUCCUUGUUCCCAUGCACUUCGAGUUGCCCGUGAGCUAGGUGACGAUCCCUUCCCACUUUUUGAUCCAUGUUACACUAUGCAGCAAUGGUACCAGCAGUUUUCUGGAGAAUUCAACCCAAUCAUGGAACCAUCUCCAAAGGCAACGUGGCAGAUCAGGCCAGAUGACACUAAACUUGUCCACCAUGCUGGCCGGGGUCGGAAGCGUGUGAAUCGGAAAAAAGAUCAUGAUGCUGUGGAAUGCCCUUUUUCUCAUCCACCAUCUGAUCCAUAUGGAAUUCGUGGUGUGCCUAAUAUCAAUUCUGAUGAUUCUGAUGAUCUCUGGGCCUGGGAGCGGAUUUUGACGGUUCAGCCCAAGAUACUGGGUGGGGAGCUCGAUCUAUCUCAUUGUCCAUUGGGCACGAGGUGGUCCCGUGAGAAAAAAGUUCAAGGUAUCACGCGGUUCAAUUUGGCCGCGUACCUGGAUCAGCUUGCAGUUCUCGCAGAGUCUGAUACAUGGCUCAUCUGCGGUGAUGUCGUUGCGCCACACAACCCCAGUAGGGUAUUUCGCCAAUUUGGUUAUCACCAGCGGAUACCCGGCGACGCAUUACUUCUCACUGCGGCGGAAAUUACUAGCCUGCUCAAGAGGAAGCCGUUUGGAGGAUCCGAUAGGAGAUGGUUACAACAACUAGGGAUAUAUCUCCAGGUUUGGAAUUAUCGCCACGGCCGACUUGUGGGGACUGAUGAUGAUUAUGUUGGCGAGCCUUCCGCAGAUCCGGAGUAUCUCUUGUGGUACCAUCAGGUUACUGUGAAAUAUGUUACGGAUCCGACGGACUCUGAAAAUGCGAGGGGUUUUCACGGCUCUGCAGAGACCUUGCGUCUCAUGGUCACAUUGAUGGAGGACGUUCGUAGUCUGAGUAUUAUAGGCCAGUGUACUUUCGACGCGGCCUCCUUUGGUUAUGAUCGCUUAGGCGAGAUUGCCCAGGUUGCUGAGCGGGCGUUGUCCGUCAAUGUAACGAAUGUUGUACGUCACGAUCUCGAUAGGCAUGUUGAGGUUAAUGACAUUUUGAGUCAAGAACUUGCACCUGUAGACCCGACCCAGCAACAUCCACCACCCAGACCUCCGAGGCGUUCGCGCAGGUCUCAGCGUGGGCGUGGGGGGCAAGAGACAAUCACAUCCACUCAGCCACAUCAGUCCUCCCAGCAUCAGCAGUCUCAUAUUCCCUUCACUGGCGGUUCAUCCCAUCAGUCUCCACUCCAUUCUCGACAGCAUUCAGCCCAUCAGUCUCCACAUCAUUCAUCCCAUCAGUCUCCACAUCAUUCUUCGCCGACCCAACAGGCGUUUUACCGUCCGAUUAUGUCUCCCCAGCACCAGCAGUCCCAUUUUGCCUUCACUCAGUUUUCCUCCCCUCAGACUUCUCAGCAUCAGUUUGGAGAUUCUUUUAUUGACUUUUCUUGGUUUCAGCAGAGUUCGCUAGAUGGCCAGUCGAUACAUUACACGAGUAACUUUCUUUCGAGUAUGUUCGAGGGUGUUACGAGUCAGCAUCAGGCUGAUGACCCAGCUGGAGGUGAGUGUGAGAGUCAGGGUGAAGAUGAGGCUGAGGAUGAGGCUGAGGAUGAAGCUUGGGAUGCAGACCAGGAUGAUUAG